AUGGGAUUAAUUUCAAACAUUAUUACAUUUGUAAAAGGAACAGAAAGCAAGAAAAACAUAGCAGAAGUUGAAGACAUGCUUCUAGGUAGUGGUCUUUCACCCUCUUUAGCAUUUAGCAUAAGCAAGGCGCUUCAGAGAAGCUUCAUUGGAGCAUCAAAAAGAGACGAUAUACUACGCACGGUACGAGAAACACUGCAACCAUUGGUGGUACCUUAUACAUUACAACCUUUGCAACCCGAUACUCUCCAUGUACUGUUUCUCUUAGGAGUAAAUGGUGUAGGGAAAACAAGCACAGUAGCAAAGAUAGCAUACAUGCUAGCGAAAAACAAAACAAUAACAAAACAAAGUAUGCUCUUCUGUGCCUCCGACACGUUUAGAACUGCAGCGGUUGAGCAACUAUCAGUACACGCCGAUGCUUUGGAUAUCGACAUAUAUAAGGGUACGCGGGGGCAGGACCCCUCCGCAGUAAUAUACGCUAGCCUAGAACAUGCAAAAAAAGAAAAAAAAACACUUGUCCUCAUCGAUAGUGCAGGAAGAAUGAAUACACGAAAAGAUCUUAUGCAACAAUUAGAAAAAAAUUACAGAAUUAUACAAAAGCAUGUGAAAGUGGAGGAAUUAGAAACAUUUGUUGUUGUAGAUGGAAACAGUGGACUUAACACAAUAAAUCAAGCAAAGGAUUUUAAUACACUCUUCCCAGUGCAUGCUAUGAUAUGUGCAAAAUACGACGGUGGAGGGUCUGGAGGGGCAAUACCUAAUAUCUACGAGGCAUGUAGUAUUCCCUGCGCAUUCUUAGGAACAGGCGAAGGCUAUCAGGAUCUUAUGGCUUUUGAGAGAGAGCGUUUUUUAGAUGAAUUUUUAUCGUAG